AUGGAUAAGAAACACAACUCCAUCCUCACCACCCACAUCAUCCUGGAGCACUCUGAUUGUGCCUUCAUGGUUGAAAACGAGGCCAUCUACGACAUCUGUUGUAGAAACCUCAAUAUUGAGCACCCAACCUACACUAACCUUAACUGCCUUAUCAGCCAGAUUGUGUCCUCCAUCACUGCUUCCCUCAGGUUUGAUGGAGCCCUUAAUGUCGAUCUGACUGAAUUCCAGAUGAACCUGGUGCCCUAUCCCCACAUCCACUUCCCUCUGGCCACAUAUGCCCCUGUCAUCUCUGCUGAGAAAGCCUACCAUGAACAGAUUUCUGUAGCAGAGAUCACCAACACGUGCUUUGAGUCAGCAAACCAGAUGGUGAAAUGUGACCCCCGCCACGAUAAAUACAUGGCUUGCUGCCUGUUGUACCAUGGUGACAUGGUUCCCAAAGAUGUCAAUGCUGCCAUUGCCACCAUCAAGACCAAGCGCAGCAUCCAGUUUGUGGACUGGUGUCCCACUGGCUUCAAAGCUGGCAUUAAUUACCAGCCUCCCACUGUGGUGCCUGGCGGAGACCUGGCCAAAGUACAGCGAGCUGUGUGCAUGCUGAGCAACACCACAGCUAUUGCUGAGGCCUGGGCUUGCCUGGACCACAAGUUUGACCUGAUGUAUGCCAAGCGUGCCUUUGUCCACUGGUACGUGGGUGAGGGCAUGGAGGAGGGGGAGUUUUCUGAGGCCCGUUAGGACAUGGCUGCCCUAGAGAAGGAUUAUGAGGAGGUCGGUGUGGAUUCUGUUGAAGGAGAGGGCGAGGAAGAAGGAGAGGAGUACUAAUUACCAUUCUUUUCAGCCCUGCAAUAUGUCAUACUCAGAAUUUCAUGUUCAGAACUUGCUUUCUGAUUAGAUUUUCUUUGCUUUUACCUGUGAUCAUGUCUGUCUUUUUCAUAUAUA